AUGCCUCUCAAGAACCUCAACAAAAUCCAGAAGAAGCUGUCCAAAAAGCGCGGCAAACUCAAUGCUUUACAUGAAGAAAGUCGCAAUGCAAAAAUACUACGUCGAGCCUCGGCACGAGAAGACCGCAUUGCUCGAGUUGCGACGUCUGCAAUGAUAGCACGACAGAGUUUUUUGGACCGGGUUUUACAUUUUCAGGAAUGCUUGGAAGAAGCCACUGAGCCAAUCGUCCUGACAGACGAAGAUAUUGCUGAACUUAUACAAAAGUGGAUUCAUCGCAGCGACGACGAGAUCCAAGAACUACAAGAAGAACGCAGAAAAGGACGGCCGCCCAGCAAACGAGAAGAGAAUCUCAAACUGCGCACUGUCACCGAGGAGAAAGAAUAUAGAUCAGGCUUCUGGAUGCCAGAUAUCACGCAGGAGGCAGUCCGUCAGCAAUUGAAGUUAUGGAACGGCGAAUGGUCAAGUCUGAGCGCGAUAAAAUUUAUUCGAUUCCUCGAGGGAGGCUCUAAACAGCCGUCUACAUUUCCACCAAAAGGCUUAUCAUAGUCGAGUCAUUGUUGUAUAGGAAAAGUGAUGUGUUACGACGUUAUGCCACUGUACAAAUAGAACUAUAGACUUUUCUUCC